AUGGAACUUUUAGCAUCAUACAAUGAACAAAUAGGUGCUCUUGUUUUGGGUAAUACUCCACAAAAUGCUAAAUACACCUCACAUCAAAUUCAAAAAGAAAUUUUGCAUGUUUUUGCUAGAAAUGUUCAGUCUUCAAUUCGUCAUGAGAUUGGUGAUGCAAGAUUUUGUUUAAUUGUUAAUGAAGCUCGAGAUGAAUCUAGAAGAGAGCAAAUGACCCUUGUUAUUAGGUUUGUUGAUAGAAGUGGAUUUAUACGAGAACGAUUUUUGGAUAUAGUUCAUGUCAAAGAUACAACUAUUGUAACUUUUAAGGAAGAUAUUUCCUUUGUUUUAUCUCAUCAUAAUCUGGAUGUUCAAAAUAUUAGGGGUCAAGGGUAUGAUGGUGCCAGUAAUAUGCGUGGAGAGUGGAAUGCUAGAAAAAUAUCUGAUGUUCACACUUUCUUUCAGAAUUUGAUUUUUAUUAUUAACAUUGUUAGUGCUUCUUGUAAGCGUAAUGAUAAAUUACGGGCUUUUCAAGCAUCUACAAUUGAACAUUUAGUUGAUAUUGGUGAGAUUGAAACGGGUAAAGGAGUUAAUCAAGUUGGUGGUUUGCAACGACCUGGAGAUAGCAGAUGGAGUUCGCACUUCAAAUCAAUUUACAGUUUGAUAAAAAUGUAUGGGGCAACUUGCUUGGUUCUUGAAAACAUUGUUUUAGAUGGAUCUACUUAUUCUCAACGUGGUGAUACGACUUUUUCAUUUAAGUUGCUAAUGUCAUUUGAUUUUGCACUCAUCUUACAUAUAAUGAAGGAUGUUAUGGGAAUUACUGAUAUGCUUUGCCAAGCUCUACAACAAAAAUCUCAAGACAUUUUAAAUGCUAUGCAUUUAGUGACUACCACAAAGACUUUAAUUCAGAAGUUAAGAGAUGAUGGUUGGAAAACUCUUUUAGAAGAAGUGACAUCAUUUUGUAAGCAUCAAGACAUUAAAGUUCCUGAUAUGGAUGCUUGUUUUUCUAGUGUGGGACGAUCUCGUCGUAAACAAAAAUUAGUAACAGUUGAACAUCACUACCGAGUUGAUAUAUUUACAGCUAUCAUUGAUCAACAAUUGCAAGAGCUAAAUAAUAGAUUCAAUGAGUAG